AAUAGGAAUGAAGUUUGUUCUUCAUAGAUAACUCUUUCCUCAUUCAUGAUGAUGAUGAUGAUGAUAAUGACGAUGACGAUGACGAUGAUGAAGAUGAGAUCGUUCAACUUGGCAAAAAUUAUUUCAUUGUUAUUAUUCAGUUAUUUAUUAAUUAUUUCUGUACAAGGAGUCGUUAUACCAGAGGGUACUCCAAUUGAUUAUCAAUCAAAACGUUGGACCGAUUUUAAAAGAGCUGUCAGAUGGUCAGAAUAUCCGUCAUCAUUUUCACCAGAAGUGAAACGUCAUUAUUUAUAUGAACAACGACCAUAUUACAAUGAUAUUCUAGUUUAACUAAUCAAUCUCUAUUGAUUUAUCCAUUUGAUCAACAAAUGAAGAAACGAUCAUUGCAGAUCAAUUAAUUGGUUAAUAAUUAUAAUAAUAAUCAUAAAUUUCAUACAGAA